AUGGGCGCCCUGGCUUUCUGCGGCGCCCUGGCGCUGGCGCUGCUCUCCGCACGCCUGGCCCUCUUCCUCCUCUGCACCCUCCUCUCCUCAUGCCUCCGCCACGGCCUCUCCGGCCGAUCCGUCCUGGUCACGGGCUGCGACUCCGGCUUCGGCCGCCUGGCUGCCCUGUCCCUGGCCCGAUCUCACAACGCGACGGUGUUCGCGGGGUGCCUGACCAGAUCUGGCGCGGAGGCCCUGGAGAAGGAUUCGGGGGGGCGGAUUGUGGCGUUCGUGAUGGACGUGACGGCGGAGGCGGACGUCCAGGGCGCGCUGGAGCUGGUGACUCAGCGAUUGGAGGGCAGGCCGCUGCACGCGGUGGUGAACAAUGCGGGGGGGUCGGAGGGCUGGCUGGCGGAGGCCAACGGGAUGGAGGUGUACGGGAGGAUGGUGGAGCUGAACUUGCUUGGGGGGGUGCGGGUGGCCAAGGCGUUCCUGCCGAUGUUGGCGGCGGGGCGGGGUCGCCUGGUGUGGGUGACCAGCGCGCUGACGAUGGUGGCCAACGGGGGGAUGUCGGCGUACACGGCGGCCAAGUGGGGUGCGGAGGCGUUCUGCGACGCGCUGCGGAGGGAGGUCAGGGGGAUGGGGGUGGCCGUGGCGCAGGUGGCACCCGGCGUCAGCCACACGCCCUUCUUCGGCAAGGCCAAGGCGUCGAUGACGGAGUGUUUCGCGGCGGCUGAUGGCAGGGUCAGGGAAAGGUACGGGGGCGACGCCCUGUUGAGGGCAAUGGAGGUGUGGGAGGCCCGCACGAGGCCGGUGGCGUGCCCGCCCGAACGCGUGGCAGCGGCGAUCUGCGUCGCCGUGGCGUCCAGGUUUCCGAAGGACAAGUACCUGGUGGGGCUGGACGCGUGGCUCUUUUGGAAGCCCGUUUCGAUGAUGCCCCCCGCGGUGGCCGACUGGAUCCUGAAUGCGGUGGGCGUCAAUAUUCGCGUGUGA